AUGUCGAAAAAGAUUGAUACACAUAUCCAUGUCCUCCCGCCUGCAUACGUGGAAGCUCUGGAGGUUGCAGGAGGUGACCCCUCUGGGUUUCAAUCUCCUGAAUGGUCUUUAGCGAUUUUAUCGGUCUCGGCACCAGGCGUAUCUAUCGCUGGACCAGGAGAAGCUGGGCGGAAGCUGGUAAGGACUCUGAACGAUUAUCUGGCAGAACAAACACAGGACCCGGGCUCUCAAAGCCGAUUGGGCUUUUUUGGAGCCCUACCGGACUGGCAAGACGUUCAAGGAACCACCGAAGAACUCGAUUUCCUAUUUGGACAACAAAAACUCUGCUUCGGUGUCAUAGUCUUUACAUCUUAUGGAGGCAAGCUACUGGGUGAUCCAGUAUUCAAGCCCAUUUGGCAGAGACUGCAAGCCCACAAAGCUUUGGUUUUUCUCCAUCCGACUGUACUGGAUGUGACGCCCAAGCUUAUAGCUUCGACUCUUCCUCAGCCAAUCCUGGACUAUCCCCUGGCAACUACUAGGACGGCAGUAGAUCUGGUUAUGAGCGGAACCCUUCACGCAUCUCCUGACGUGGAUGUUAUUCUUUCUCAUGCUGGAGGGGCUCUGCCGUUCUUGGCAAAUAGAGUUGAAGGAUGCUUUCAGGUCCCAUCUGUCAGGGGUCUUGUUUCCAUGGAUUAUGCGACGGCGAAACUUGACUUCGCUCGAUUCUACUACGACACCGCUCUCAGCACAAGCCCGGCUCAACUCAACGGAUUGCUUGACUAUGCCGACCUGUCCCACAUCGUUUUUGGGUCCGACUUUCCUUACUGUCCGGAAUCGGUGGUAGAGGCGCAGUCCCGUCCUUACGAAGAGUUUGUGGCUGAAGAUCCUCGGGGAUCGAUGAUUGCGCCGGAUGCUCUGAGACGGAAUGCCAUGGCCUUGCUGAAGAAGCAUGUCCAGAAUCGAGAUUUGAACUGGGAUUUCAAAGCGUAG